AUGGAAAAGGCAGAUUUCCUAAAAGGCCUUCCCGUCUACAACAAAAGCAACUUCAGCAGGUUUCAUGCAGACUCUGUCUGUAAGGCGUCUAAUCGGAGGCCUUCUGUCUAUCUUCCAACACGUGAAUACCCUUCUGAACAGAUUAUUGUCACAGAGAAAACCAACAUCCUUCUGCGCUACCUCCAUCAUCAGUGGGACAAAGAGAAUGCAGCAAAGAAACGGGAACAGGAACAAGGGGAGGGUGACAGCCCUGCACCUCCAAGAAAGAUCGCCAGGACAGACAGCCAAGAAAUGAAUGAAGACUCAUAA